AUGUGGACGGCGUGGUGUGUGGCUGCUCUGUCUGUGGCCGCUGUGUGUGGCAUCCGCUCAGAGACAAACACGGUCCUCAGGGUUACCAAAGACGUGCUGAGCAAUGCCAUUUCAGACACGUUGCAGCAGAGUGACGCGCUCCACUCGGCCCUGAGGGAGGUCCCCGGAGGUGUUGGUGGUGUCCCCUACAAUGACUUCCAUGUCCGAGAGCCACCCCCUACGUAUACCAAUGGCCGACAGCUUGGCGGUAAUUACCAGUACGGCCACAUUGACACCAAUGACAACACCGCUCAGCUGGGCGGCAAGUACCGCUACGGCGAAAUCCUCGAGUCUGACGGGAGCAUCAGGGACCUCCGCCGCGGCGGCUACCAGAGUGCUGGCAGCGGGGCGCGAGGGCGAUACAGGGCUGCCGUCGGUUCCCCAGCCGUGGGCAGGCUCCACCGGCGAGAGCUGCGACCUGGAGAAAUCCCACUGGGUGUAGCCACUGGAGCGCUGGGCCCAGGGGGUCUGCUGGGCACUGGGGGCAUGCUGGCGGCGGACGGCAUCCUGUCGGGCCAAGGUGGCCUACUCGGCGGAGGCGGUCUCCUUGGUGAUGGAGGACUUCUCGGAGGAGGGGGUGUCCUGGGCGUGCUUGGUGAAGGCGGCAUCCUCAGCACCGUGCAAGGCAUCACGGGGCUGCACAUCGUGGAGCUGACCCUCCCCCGGGUGUCCGUGAGGCUCCUGCCUGGCGUGGGCGUCUACCUGAGCUUGUACACUCGCGUGGCCAUCAACGGGAAGAGUCUUAUUGGUUUCCUGGACAUCGCAGUGGAAGUGAACAUCACGGCCAAGGUCCGGCUGACCAUGGACCGCACGGGUUAUCCGCGGCUGGUCAUCGAGCGAUGCGACACCCUUCUGGGGGGCAUCAAAGUCAGGCUGCUGCGGGGGCUUCUCCCUAACCUCGUGGACAACUUGGUGAACCGAGUCCUGGCCAACAUCCUCCCUGACUUGCUCUGCCCCAUUGUGGAUGUGGUGCUGGGUCUUGUCAACGACCAGCUGGGACUCGUGGACUCGCUGGUUCCUCUGGGGAUUUUGGGAAGUGUCCAGUACACCUUCUCCAGCCUCCCACUGGUCACCGGGGAGUUUCUAGAGCUGGACCUCAACACUCUGGUUGGGGAAGCUGGAGGAAGCCUCAUCGACUACCCCCUGGGUCGGCCAGCUCUGUCUCCCAAGCAGAAGAUGCCAGAGUUGCCUCCCAUGGGCGACAACACCAACUCCCAGCUGGCCAUGUCGGCCAACUUCCUGGGCUCUCUACUGACCUUCCUCCAGGAGCGAGGUACCCUGGAUCUUGAUAUCACCAACGGCCUGUUUGAAGAGCUUCCCCCACUUACCACAUCCACGCUGGGAGCUCUGAUUCCCAAGGUGUUCCAGCAGUACCCUGAGUCCCGGCCACUCACCAUCAGCAUCCAGGUGCCAAGGCCGCCAACUGUGACGCUGCAGAAGGACGAGGCGCUGGUGAAGGUGUUUGCCACGGCUGAGGUCAUGGUCUUGCAGCCCAACAACGUAGAGACCACCAUCUGCCUCAUAGACGUGGACACGAACCUCUUGGCCUCAUUUUCUGUGGAGGCAGAUAAGCUCAUGAUUGACGCCAAACUGGACAAAACCAGUCUCAACCUCAGAACCUCAAAUGUGGGCAACUUCGACGUUGGCCUCAUGGAGGUGCUGGUGGAGAAGAUCUUCGACCUGGCGUUUAUGCCCGCGAUGAAUGCUGUGCUGGGCUCCGGCAUCCCUCUCCCCAAAAUCCUCAACAUCGACUUCAGCAACGCAGACAUCGACGUGUUGGAGGACCUUCUGGUGCUGAGCACAUGA